AAGCGCACCCCGCCUUGUUUCGGUCACGUGACGGGAGCUUACGAAGAUGGUGGAAGUUUCUACUUCCUAAAAGUGAAGGCUGACUGAAACCAGAACGACGACAGCCGCGAGGAUUUUACGCUUGACAACCGGUUGCUACAGCGUCUUCUGGAUUAAGGGCAUCUUCUCAGCCUUAUGUCAUGGCCAGUGGGCUCGCCAGGUCAGGCACUUCCAAUGGUUUCCCCCUCAAGUCACAGCUGCAAAUUAAUGUGCUUUCAGCUAAACUCAGAGAAAACAGGAAGAACUGGUUUGGUCCCAGUCCUUAUGUAGAACUGUCAGUUGACGGCCAAUGCAAGAAAACGGAAAAAUGCAACAACACCCACAGCCCCAAGUGGAAGCAGCCACUCACUGUGAUUGUGACUCCGUUCAGCAAGCUGGUGUUUCGCGUGUGGAGCUACCAGGCCCUGAAGUCCGACGUGCUGCUUGGCAUCGCCACCCUGGAUAUCAGUGAAAUACUGAAGUCUAAUGACAUGAAAAUUUCAGAGGUGGUGCAGACUUUACAGCUGAGUGCGGACAGAGACUCCUCAGACGUGGUGGGAGAUCUGUCCGUCUGCCUGGAUGGAAUGACCGUCGACCCCGAGACGUUUGCCUCUGCUGAAGCCGACCAGCAUAGGACUUCAAAUGGUGACUCGCAGCCUAACGGGGAUCACUCAGUGAGACAUAGUCGGGACAGCUCUCCAGCUGUGGACUGUGUCGGACAAAAUUCUUCCCCCAGCUUCCAGAGGACAGGGAACAACAGAGGAUCCCCUUCAGGGGUGGCGAGGCCCGUCCGACCGGCGAGACCAUCCAGACCUCCUCCUCCAAUGCCUCGCAGACCCGGCUCUUCCCCAGCUCCAUCUAGAAAUGGCUCUGCUCCAGCAGAUGGUGGUGACAGCCAGCCCACGCCUGACGGAGCGACGCCAGCAGCCUCAGCAACCCCCCCAGACUCCAGUCCCUCAACAGGCUCAGACAGAGGCUCCGCUGCUGCGGCGAGCCGGCAGGCGCCUGGCGCCGUCACCCCCUCCCUGCCUCCCAGAGUUCCAGCAGUCAACACCGCGCCGUUACCACCAGGUUGGGAACAGAGGGUGGACCAGAACGGCCGAGUGUAUUAUGUGGAUCAUGUGGAAAAGAGAACAACAUGGGAUCGUCCUGAACCUCUGCCUCCAGGCUGGGAGCGCCGUGUCGACCAGAUGGGGCGGGUCUAUUUUGUUGAUCACAUCUCGCGGACGACCACGUGGCAGCGUCCCACCAUGGAGACGGUGCGAAACUAUGAGCAAUGGCAGCACCAGCGCAGCCAGCUGCAGGGCGCCAUGCAGCAGUUCAACCAAAGGUUCAUAUACGGGGUACAGGAUCAGGCAGCAGCUGCUCAGAAUAAAGAGUUCGAUCCUCUUGGACCUCUACCACACGGAUGGGAGAAGAGAACAGACGGCAAUGGCAGAGUCUAUUUUGUGCACCACCCCACCCGUUCAACUCAAUGGGAGGACCCUCGAACACAGGGGUUGUUGAAUGAAAAACCUCUUCCUGAAGGAUGGGAGAUGAGGUUCACUGUUGACGGCAUUCCGUACUUUGUUGACCACAACAGGAGAAGCACAACCUACAUCGACCCUCGCACUGGAAAAUCCUCCCUUGAAAAUGGACCUCAGAUCACCUACGUUCGAGACUUCAAAGCUAAAGUCCAGUACUUCAGGUUCUGGUGCCAGAUUGCCUCAACACAUCAAGAUCAACGUAACCAGGAAGAACCUGUUUGAGGACUCCUUCCAGCAGAUCAUGAGUAUCAACGCUCCAGAUCUGCGGCGGAGACUGUGGAUCAUUUUUCCUGGAGAGGAAGGCCUCGAUUAUGGGGGUGUUUCCAGGGAGUGGUUCUUCCUGCUGUCCCACGAGGUUUUGAAUCCGAUGUACUGCCUGUUUGAAUACGCCGGCAAAGAUAACUACUGUCUGCAGAUCAACCCCGCCUCCUUCAUCAACCCUGACCACCUCAAGUACUUCAAGUUCAUCGGGCGCUUCAUUGCCAUGGCUCUCUUUCAUGGGAAGUUCAUCGACACGGGUUUCUCGCUGCCGUUUUACAAGCGCAUUCUCAACAAACCUCUGGCUGUCAAAGAUCUGGAGUCCAUCGAUACGGAGUUCUACAACUCUCUCAUGUGGAUUAAGGACAACAACAUCGAGGAGUGCGGCUUGGAGAUGUUUUUCUCUGUGGACAAGGAGAUUCUUGGAGAAAUCACCACCCAUGAGCUCAAAGAGGGAGGGGGAGACAUCCAAGUCACAGAGGAAAACAAAGAGGAAUACAUCAGGCUGAUAGCAGAGUGGCGACUGUCCAGAGGGGUGGAGGAGCAAACGCAGGCUUUUUUCGAAGGCUUCAACGAGGUCCUUCCUCAGCAGUACCUACAGUACUUUGAUGCCAAAGAGCUGGAGGUGAUGCUGUGUGGCAUGCAAGAGAUCGACCUUGCAGACUGGCAGAAAAACACCAUCUACAGGCACUACGCCCGGAACAGCAAACAGAUCCUCUGGUUCUGGCAGUUUGUGAAGGAGAUGGACAACGAGAAGAGGAUGAGACUGCUGCAGUUUGUCACUGGCACCUGUCGCCUGCCUGUCGGAGGCUUCGGCGAUCUUAUGGGAAGCAACGGUGCUCAGAAGUUUUGCAUUGAGAAGGUUGGAAAAGAGAACUGGCUUCCCCGGAGUCACACAUGCUUCAACAGAUUGGACCUGCCGCCCUACAAGAGCUACGAGCAGCUGAAGGAGAAGUUGAUGUUCGCCAUCGAGGAGACGGAAGGCUUUGGUCAGGAGUGAAGGACGCUCACGGAUGGGGUGCAGGAGUCUGCAGGAACGAAUGCACUGCUGUUCAAAUCAGGGAGCCUCUUCAGGAGGAGCUGGUGUUUGGUGGGGUGGGGGUGGGUGGGGUCACCAAUGCAUGAAUGCACCUGUACCGUAUUUCUAUGGGAGUGCAGUUUUGGGGCUCUGUGAGCUGUCGGCCCCGUCCGACGCUGGCAACAUUUUAUUUCUGAUCCUGCAAAGCUGCUCCAAUCUCUGAGAAUGCACAAGAUCCCAAACCUCACCUUCCAUGACACCUGCAGAGAAUUCAGCCUCUUUGGCUGGUUGUCUGGGUCCUAAAGAGCUUCGGUUUAAGCAAUAAGUGACAAAAUUCUGUGCAGGAUGGAGAAGGUGAGCUCUGUUUCUCACUGGAGUUCUCCUCCAGGAAGUAAACUACUUUGUUAGCUAGACUCGCACUUUAAUCUGCAUCUUUACUAAUCAUUUAGGCGGCUCUCUUUCAAAAUGAGUUUAAUGAAAGAUGCAUUGUUUAAGCAAAUUGCAGCGCUCCAUGUUAAUGCUUAAAUAACAGACAAUCCUGGUGCUUGAAAGAGAUUUGGGCCUGGCUGGUUUGAUCUGCUCUGGGUGAUGUUUGACCCGUGAAAGGAUUCUUGGAACCUCCGUGGUUUGCAGUGGCGGUGACAAAUGUGAAGCAACCCUGAUCUGACCCUAGUUUUAUAGGGCCAGAGCUUACGGAUCAGAGUGUUCUGUACACAUUUUGGAGAUCCCUUAAUUUUAGCUUUAAUUCAGCUUUUACAGCUGGCGUGUUUUUAACUUACGUCGUGGAACAGAAUUGGAAUCAAAACAGAGAAAUGACACACCAAAACAAAGUUGAACCAAAUUCAAGUUUAGGUUUCGUUUCCAACAGAGUUGCAUGUAGCUCCUCUAGAUAUGUAGCAGUGGGAUUAGAGCAGCAGAGCCUUUGUCAUGCUUCACGGCACGUCUCCUAGUGAAUUAAAAAAAUUACCAUUUUUAAGAAUUUAGCAAUAUUUAAAAAAAAGAUGUAGUUUUUAUUUUCUGAAAAAAAAAACGCUUUUUCCUUCUGAACUGAAGUGUCUUCUCUCUAGGAAAACAUCAGAUGGACAUAAAUGAAUGUUUGGUUUAGUUUAUCGCCGAUGGUAGAUUCUCCAGCAGAGCCGUUUUAACCGAUUAUUUCACAGAUUGCAUACAAGUGUUCACUGAUAGUCUGUGUGUGUGUGUGUGUGUAAAGGAAAAUCUGUGAGGUAUUAAUACUUAUUUGGGAAAAGUUCAAACAUCUCAUUAACAUUUUAGAAGAUGUAAUAAACUAACCAGCUAGUUUUUAUUUUUCUAUUUAAUGACUCUGUAAAACGGCGGGUGUUGGAACUGAGGAGCGCCGGCUUCAGGUGUGUUAUUCCGACGGCACUUUCUCCGGCCCUGAAGGCUGGAGCCUCUAGGGUUCCAGGACGAUCGCUGUGGGGCAUCGUGACCCCCAGCUGUGCGUCAGAGACCAGAAGAUUCCUGUGGAUAAACUGGGAGACGAGAGCUGCUGGUGUAAAAAGCAAACGCACCCGUUUGACACUCUUCUAGGUUAGUCACCGUAAAAUUGAGUGACACCGCGAUUGAGUAAAUGUGUAAAAAUCAAGUGUUUUAUUUCCUCCAACAUCCACUAAACCACUGUCACUCUCCAGCACACGCAGAGAAGCUGUAAAUGGUGUCAAUAACAAUUAUUCUUUUGUAAAAGGUUUUAAUAAGAUCGCUCUAUUUUCUUUCCAUGUUUGAUUUCUGAUGUACAUGAAAAAUUGUGUAAAAUAGUCACAUUAAUAAAUUAAAAUCCGUGCUUAACA